ACCUCAUUACGGACAAGAGUAGUCAGUUGUGCAUGUGCCUGGCCUAUCGAUGCCCCGGACAUAUAUAUAUAUGUGUGUGUGUGUGUGUGUGUGUGUGUGUGUGUGUGUGUGUGUACAUACAUAUAUCCGGGACGGCCUCGUCUGCGUGUGCUGUAUAUGCGUCGACGCAUGCGCGCGUUGCUGUCGCAAUAUUGAAGCAUCGCAGACGCAGAGAAAGGGGCGGGUGACAGGUGGCAGACAGGCCCUGUCGGUACGUGCCAGCCAAUUGGCGGGCAGCGGAUCGGGGCUGGCCAGCCUUCGAGAUUUCCGCGAGGAGAAGAGUCAGGGACCGCCAGGGCCAAGCAGAGAAGAUAGGUUGAUAUUAGGUGGCCGAGGAUGCAUCUCUUCUCUCUCUUUUCCCUUUAUUUUUCAACAGAGAAAAGCAAUGCUGGGAGCCGUGCCUGGAACUGGAAGGGUGACGGGAUGGGGGGGAGAGGAUUGGGGGGGUGGAGGGGGGGUGGAAGAUAGGAGGGGUUUUGCUGGCGGAGCAACCGAUUCAGCAUAUCCCAUCCCUCCCUCUCACGCCCUGCUCUCUCCCAUCUCUCCUCCUCCUCCUCCUCUUCCUCCAAUCCCGUCGGUCCAAUCCAUCAUCUCAUCUCCAUUCCCGUCUCCGUCACCCUCUCCAUAAUAUACUAGCGAGUCGCGACGAAACAUUUCCUUCGAGACAACGAAUACGAUACCGGGAUAGCUGCCACACAUGCUGCUGCAUCUCCUGCACAUGGUGUCUCUUCUUCCUCUGCUUCGCUGACGACGCAUCCGUCCGUCCACAAUCCGCAUCCACUUCCGCAUCCAAUCCACGCAAUCCUCCCUCAACCGUUUUCUCUCCCGCAAUUGAUCUCUUCCCGUCGUAUUCUCUCCUCUUCCUCUCCUCCCUCCCUUCCUCCCUCUCUCUCCCUACAACCCGCGAUCUUCGCUCCUGGCUCUCUCCUCUUCCCCCCUCCCGCCCACCCUCGCCCCCGUCUUCGUUCUCUCGCCCGUCUAAAUA